CCUUUCCACCAAUUUUUGGGCCAAAAACGACAUAAUCAGGACAAAAGUCUCUCCCAAAGUUGCUUCCAAUCUUGCCAAGUCUACUUUUGACAGCGAGAUAUCGUGUACAACGCCAGUCUCAGUCCCAGCACACCGCAUAGUCUGGGAGUACAAGAUGGUAUAACAUCAAAUAUACUCGAAAACACACCCCCCUCCAUCUUUGAUGCCCAAAUUGAGAUUGUGACUGUGCAUCCCUUGAGAUAGAUAGCCCCAAAAGGCUGCCAACAGGCAUUUCACAUGUGACAUCUCCCUACGCGCCGGGUCGUGGGAGGAUAUCAGCUCAUAGGCUCUCAUCGGGCCCUGGCUCCCGCCCUCCAUCUUACAGGAAUAUCCAGUUACAGUCUAUUUGUCACGAUGGGUACAGAUGCCACUCCAGCUACAAUUACACAAACAUUUUUUCUUGCUUUUUUUGCUCUUUCGAGCGCCGAAGUGGGAACAAGACAAUGCAGUGGCAUCUCUUUCUUCGUCUAGUGAACAGAGUAUGGAUGCCUAUAUCUCGUCAUAUGCCAAGCCCACGCAUCUGGAUCUGAUGCGCCAGCCCCAACCCAGACUCCUGUCUCAACUCCCUGUCUUUCAGCUCAAGGGUCAAAACGACCAAUCGUCGGGCCGAAGGUCAUGAAUAUGAAGAUGGGCGUGAGAUAUGAGAGAUCAAAAUAUGAUAUGUGACCAGGAAAUGAAGAGCUUGUCCGUACAUGGCACCGUAUACCUGGCUGCGGUCCCGAAUAGUCGGAGCUUGUCUCGCCCAGCUCGGGCAUCAGAUGCUACCAUCACUAGUAGUAUUCCUGUCUCUCAUCUCCCUUGGCCCAAAGGCAAAAAGACAAGGCGGACCAACAAGGGAGGGGAUCAGAAAGACAGACAGCUCUGUUUGCCUCCCUGGUUUUUCCCCGAUGUGUGACGAAAUGAUGCUACUACCGACAUGCUGGAAUUGGAGGGAGGAUGAGCUCGUGGGACACAAUGCGAGGGCUGGACACUUGUUCCCCCACGCGAUGGCAGCCUCAGGAGAGGGAGGCUUUCUGCCGUCUAUAUUCUCAGCUCAGCCAUCUUCUCAACUCAAAGGAGCAUGAGCAGUAGAGAGAGUAGAGCAGCAGCAAACAUGCAUAUUGUGCAAGAUGCCUUCUUGCUUGGGCUUGUGCUCAUAAAACUUGGCCAGUCAACCAUGCCAUACGCAUGCCAACGAAACUGCUUCCACUCCCACUGCUACCAGGUAUUACUCAUGCUUCCCACCUCGUAAUCACGAGGCCAUGUUGUUUCUUUUUCGC